GGGAGACCGUUCUUUCUCACCGCUGUCGAAACGCACACCGCUGUUAGCACUUGUCCACGAACGUUGCACGAGGCGCACAGCUUGAAAUCUAUCCUUCGGCUUCCUAACCAGAGCACGUGCCAUGCUAUCGAGUUUUUAUAGAUGAGCGCUCUACUCCUUUUCUUAAUUCUCUUCUUGUUGAAUAACACGACAUGCGAAUGGUUUUCUCGAUUGUGCAUCCAGUGUUGAUCGCAUUGACUUGUGUCUGAUGAGAUAUCACAGAAAUACAGAGGCGACGCGAGCAAGAGCCGCGCGUGCCUGAGACGGUCGAUUGUUAUCCUAGAGACUAAUUGAUUUGAGAUUAAUGGCACCGCAGUGUCGUUCCACUUCCAGCUUUUUAUCCUGCGUUUGUGUUACGAAAACGACGAACGUGCGCGCGUGAAGCAGCUGUUUGGAGCAAGACUGCGUGCGUUAGCGGUCGGAGGUUAGAAAUCUAUAUUAAGAAUACGUUUCCGUAUAUAUGCAGACGUUUUCUCGCGUAUUUAAAGAUACAGUAUCUGUCCCCUCCGAUCUGUCCCCUUAUUUGCAAUGUACAUACUUGCCCUUUGCAACGGAAAUGUUACGAGCAGUUAUGUAAAUAGUCGGCGGCAUCAGCGCAAACAGUGGCUAGGUAAAUGUUGAAGCUCUUGCUGGUCGCUUAAUUGCUGGUAUACCUAGACAGAGAGAUAUACCCUUAUUACGUAAUAUCGGCUUUCAAAGAAUCAAACCGAUUCGGAGCAUUCGCGGUGUGCAUUAGUGAAUGUGUCUGCGCGUGGCCGAGCGUGUGCGAAUGCAGUCGGUGGAAGAGCAGGAUAAAUUCCGUGUUCGUCGCCCGCGAUGUUCGGCCCGGCAGGGAUUUAUCUCAUUGUAAGGCACGUUAUCCGAGCACGAAUGGUACGCACGUGAUGCAGCAGUUAGACUUUCUGUCGAUGCAUGCGCGAAGGCAAACACCUGAUUGUCCCGCGUAGAAAUACAUUUGUUAACCACCCAUCGUGAGCCAAUUAGCAGUGCUAAUAUUGACUGAAUUAUAAAUUGCUUCUAAUUGCGCUUGAUAACAUUACGACCUGCGAUAACCGCCUGCGAGUUCUAGUUUUUGUUCAGAUGGUAUUCGCUACUCGUUACUUCAACAGUGCGUGAAUCUAAGUAAACAGUGUGCAUUGUUAGAAUCUAAAGUACGAUUUAACUACAUUACGUUCUCAUGUCAUUUCGGUGGCGCAUGAAUAUGCCGUCGCAAAUAUAUCUGAAUUCCAGUUACAGUGAUAGUCCUCAAGUGACAGACUUGAGAGUAGAACUGAUAACUUUCCCUUUAUCUUUCUAUCGUGAUAUGUUAACUGUGAUCGCACUUUGAGCGAUUGAUAUUAGAACACCAUCAAUUGAAUCGUUAUCCGAGUGGAAGACGCCAGAGCUUGCGGAAUUUUCAAUAUCUUCAAGAUACAUAGCAAUGAAUUUUAUUUCCAAGUGAUUAACAAACGUUCGUGCUUUGGUUUGCUUGUUGCUGCAUGACUGGUAUUGCAUUUCUUAUUGAGUCUGGAUUGUAGUGAAGUAGUAAGCGAUAAAAGCGGAGUAAACAGAAAUAAGUGAAAAGAAAACGUAUUUGUAAAAGUGCAAUAACGUAUGCGAUCGACGUAUUACUUACUUAUCAAAAGAUCACAAACUAAAGAGUAUAAUGAGUAAUCUUACAAGAGUUCGCGAUGAAAAUUGUCCUGCUGACGACAAGCCUAGAUUUCUAUCCUGCCUAAAGGCAUACUGGCCCGAAUUAUCAGAAGGCACCCAAGAUGAUGCUUAUAUGGGCGGGAGUGAUGUGGAAGGAGAGGGAAAGCAAGUCCUGGUUGGGAUAUGCGCAAUGGCGAAGAAGUCGCAGAGUAAACCGAUGAAAGAGAUUUUAACGAGGCUCGAGGAAUUCGAGUAUAUAAAAAUUAUCGUCUUUCCAGAAGAAGUGAUAUUAAAGGAACCUGUAGAAAAUUGGCCUGUGGUCGACUGCUUGAUAAGUUUCCAUAGUAAAGGUUUUCCCCUUGAUAAGGCUAUAAAUUACGCGAGUUUACGUAAACCGUUUAUUAUUAAUCAUCUCCCGAUGCAGUACGACAUCCAGGACCGACGAAGAGUUUAUGCUAUACUGGAGGGCGAAGAUAUCGAAAUUCCACGGUAUGCCGUUCUCGACAGAGAUUCGCCAGAUCCAAAACACGGUAUUUCAGAGCACGAAUUGGUGGAGUCGGAGGAUCACGUGGAGGUGAACGGUAUUACUUUCAACAAACCAUUCGUGGAAAAACCAGUAUCCGCUGAAGACCAUAAUAUCUAUAUUUAUUAUCCUACUUCUGCCGGCGGAGGGAGCCAGAGAUUAUUUAGAAAGAUAGGUAGUCGUAGUAGCGUAUAUUCUCCAGAAUCUCGCGUUCGCAAGAGUGGUUCUUAUAUCUAUGAAGAUUUUAUGCCUACCGAUGGCACUGACGUUAAAGUCUAUACCGUGGGACCUGAUUACGCUCACGCCGAGGCGAGGAAGAGUCCCGCCCUCGACGGCAAAGUCGAGAGAGAUUCGGAGGGCAAGGAAAUUCGUUAUCCGGUGAUAUUGAACAACGCUGAGAAACUCAUUAGCAGGAAAGUGUGCUUGGCCUUCAAGCAAACGGUGUGCGGCUUCGACUUAUUAAGAGCGAACGGCCAAUCGUUCGUGUGCGACGUGAAUGGAUUUAGUUUUGUAAAGAACUCGAACAAGUAUUACGAUGACUGUGCCAAGAUUUUGGGGAAUAUGAUACUUAGGGAACUAGCCCCCACGUUGCAUAUUCCGUGGAGUGUCCCGUUUCAACUGGACGAUCCUCCUAUUGUGCCGACUACCUUUGGCAAAAUGAUGGAAUUGCGCUGUGUCGUGGCAGUUAUUAGACAUGGUGACAGAACCCCGAAGCAGAAGAUGAAAGUAGAAGUGCGUCAUCCGAAAUUUUUUGAGAUAUUUGCUAAGUACGAUGGCUAUAAGCACGGUCACGUAAAACUAAAGCGUCCAAAACAGCUGCAAGAGAUUCUCGAUACAGCGCGUAGUCUACUAACGGAAAUACAGCAUCGUGCGGCGGGACCCGAGUUGGAAGAAAAACAAGGGAAACUGGAGCAACUCAAGAGUGUCUUAGAAAUGUAUGGACAUUUCUCUGGCAUAAAUCGUAAAGUCCAAUUGAAGUAUCAGCCGCGAGGACGGCCGCGGGGAAGUUCUUCCGACGACGGUAGCGAUCUUAAUCGAUUAGGGGAACCAUCUCUAGUUUUGAUAUUGAAGUGGGGCGGAGAACUGACGCCCGCUGGACGUAUUCAGGCGGAAGAAUUAGGACGCAUAUUCCGCUGCAUGUACCCCGGUGGUCAAGGUAGACACCUUAGUGAGGAAGAAUCAGAGAUGUUACCAAACUACGGUGAAUAUGCAGGUGCGCAAGGAUUGGGUUUGUUACGCCUGCACUCCACGUUUCGCCACGACUUGAAGAUCUACGCCAGCGACGAGGGACGCGUCCAAAUGACUGCGGCGGCUUUCGCGAAAGGGUUGCUUGCACUGGAAGGAGAGCUAACGCCUAUCUUGGUGCAGAUGGUGAAAAGCGCGAAUACCAACGGCCUACUGGACAACGACUGCGAUAGCAGCAAAUAUCAGAAUAUGGUGAAAACGCGCUUGCACGAGCUGCUACAACAGGACCGAGAGUUCACUCGCGAGGAUCGAGAACAGAUCAAUCCGGGAAACGCGCUGAGCAUCAACGCCGCUUUGGACUUUGUCAAGAACCCGGUCCGAUGCUGCCAGCACGUUCACACUCUCAUCCAGAAGCUCCUGGACAUCGUGCGCAUCAAGAAAGAAGACUCGAAGACGAAGGACACGAUACUUUAUCACGGCGAGACGUGGGAGCUGAUGGGACGUCGCUGGGGAAAGAUAGAGAAAGACUUCUGCACGAAAAACAAGCGUUUUGACAUCUCUAAAAUACCCGACAUUUACGACUGCAUAAAGUACGACCUUCAGCACAACAAUCAUACGUUGCAAUUCGAACACGCGGAAGAAUUGUACACGUACGCUAAAUCUUUAGCCGAUAUAGUGAUCCCUCAGGAAUACGGCUUGACGGUACAAGAGAAGCUGACUAUCGGUCAGGGUAUAUGCACACCUUUGCUGAAGAAGAUACGGGCUGAUCUGCAACGAAAUAUCGAGGAAUCAGAAGAGACUGUCAACAGGCUUAACCCUAGGUAUUCUCAUGGUGUCUCGAGUCCAGGGCGUCAUGUACGUACGAGGCUGUACUUCACGAGCGAGAGUCAUGUACAUUCCUUGCUCACCGUGCUGCGUUACGGUGGUUUACUCGAUGUGGUGAAAGACGAGCAGUGGCGGCGCGCGAUGGAAUACGUCAGUAUGGUCUCCGAGUUGAACUACAUGUCGCAAAUUGUUGUUAUGUUGUACGAGGAUCCGACCAAGGACCCAAGCAGCGAGGAGCGCUUUCAUGUCGAGUUGCACUUCAGUCCUGGCGUUAACUGCUGCGUGCAGAAGAAUCUACCGCCUGGUCCUGGAUUCAGACCACACUCGCGCAAUGAGAGCAGCCACAAUGUGGGAGAGAGCGGUGGUUCCGGUCAGGAUACUAGUUCACAAUGUAGCACCCGGAUAGAGGAGGAAGAUGCGGAAUUGGGUAUCAAUGACGACGAUUUGAUUAAUACCACGGCGCAGGCUGAUACGCCUCCAUCUUUAAUGGAAACGGAUACUGUGGACUCUAUGCUGGACAGUCCGACGACCAGUCGUGGGAUCGACAUGAUGGAUCUAGAUCCAAAUAUGAUGGACGAGCCGUACGAUAGUGGAUUCUUACAGAGCUCGGCACCGAUUCCAAUCAGCGCCAGAACCGUGGCCGGACACGAGGCUGCUAGACUCGGUAGCCAAUUGGCGGCGAGUCAACGACAACGGCGAAGCAGAGAGGCAGGGAGCAUCGUGGAGCCGCGCGCGCGAAGCUACGAUCAUCAGCGGCAGGAGAAGCCCGAGAAAGCCGAGAAGCCAACUCCGGAGGGACCUCGCGACGAGGAGCGCAUGUGGAAACCGGCGACGUUGCUGCAGUCGCAUAGCUCGCCGGAGCUGCCGGUUUCGUCGGACGAGAGCUUCGCUUCCUCGUGCUCGCUUCGCAUUACGCGCAACGCUAGACAUCUAUCCGCCAACCUUUGCUCGUUGCCCGAUCCGUCGUUCGCGAGCGUCAAAGGCCUGCCGGAGCGGACUGUCACCGGGUAUCGUGGCCGCGGCAGAAAGUACGAACGGUCGCACUCCGAAGUGACCUUGCCUGUCGAACUCUACGACACGCGAUCGCGAAUCAUUCAACCUGAUCCUACCUGCACAGCAAGGCGCCACCGUCACAGUAUCUCCGGACAGAUGAGUUAUUUCAAAAUGCUCGGCUACAAUGUCAGCAAGAAGCUCACCGGCUCGGCUAACAGUCUCUUCAGCACCGCCGUGAUAAGCGGCUCCUCGAGUGCGCCGAACCUCAAGGACAUGGUGCCACCUCAUGCGUCCGCGGUCGCUGCCAUAGAAGGCUUCGGCGGAGUGCCGCCCAUCAGGCCCCUGGAAACUCUGCACAAUGCCUUGUCGCUACGUCAACUGGAUUCCUUCCUGGAUAUGAUGACCACGGCGCCGUUGUACAGAACCCCGGCCUCGUCGCCGCCCAAGUCGUCGCCGGCCGGGUCGACGCACGAGUCGCUCAAUCCACCCCUCGUCCACGCCGGGAUCAGUCGCGAGUACCACUCUUCCGACACGGAAGCUGUCAGGUACAUUAUGCCGACACCGAUACAGUAUAAGCCCCUUGGCGAAGCGGAAACGUGUGACAUCCGGAAUCUGCCGUCGCCUACCAGCCCGAACAGCACAGGAUGGAGUAGCGAGCCGCAAUCUUUUCUGUCCUCCGAGCCAUCGUCACCCGCGCCAACUUCGACAGGCGAAUGCAGUAUGUCUAUAAGCUUAAUUAGCAACGAAAGUGCCCAACUCUUUAUCGCGCCGAAAUUCUCCCCGACCUCUUGCCUGGACGUCGACUUUAACGAAUUUUGUAUUCGUCUCGAUCAAGAAAAUCGAGAGAGUCGCGGCAGCGUCUCAUAUACGGAUUAUUACAGCAACGAGGACGGUCAGAUACGCAAAAUAACGCAAAUACCGCAAGUGAUGCAGUCAGGUGCUGGCGGUGCGCAAACGAAGCUCGUGUGUGGCGAUGAUAUUCCCUGCGACGAGGACGAGGACCACACGUUAACUUUGAAACAGAGCGAGGAGCAGAAGAAACAGGAUGUUAAGUCAAUAUUUGAGCAGAGGGACGAUGUUAAUCCCGCCAAACUAAGCGGGAGCUACAAGAAGAUCGGACGUUUCCUGGUGGAAAGCACGGAUAUAUCGCACGGCGACGUCCGAAUUAAGGAUACCGACAACGCCGGUACUUCCGACAAAACGAAACUCUCUACGUCUCAGAAAUCCGACUCUUCGGGCAUGGGUAAAUCUAUGGCGGAAAGGGUAAAGAAAGACUCUAAAAAGAGCGGCGGCUCGCACAUCGGUUCUCAGAAGCGAAAGAACUUUUCUCGCUCGCAGAGCGUCACGACGCCGAAACCGGUUGCGCCGAAAUCUGAACAGACUUUCAGUUACACGAGACAGAGCUCGUUCUCGACCAUGUCGGAUGCGGAUCUGGAAAAUUGGAAAUUGAGCACGGAUCCGGCGCAUUCCUCGAGAACGAGCCAGCAGGAAGAGCCUAUACUCACCGUAGCCAGCAGUCUCACGGAUAGCUCUAACGUCACCGUGGGCUUCGACAUUAAAGAGGAGGAAAAGAAAUAGAUAUUCGAUCGUAAAUGAAUUUACUCUGAUGUUUUUUUUCCAACGCCCACGUGAUAUUAGAUCUAUUCUUACGAAGCGUUUCGCGCGACUAGAAUUUUAGAAAGGAUAGUUUCCUAGCCUGAGAAAAGUAUUAAAACACAGCGGGGGUAUUAAGCGGUAUUGGACAUUUCAAUGUUUCGUAGCAUUGUCCGGUAUCCAUUAAGGCCGAUAAAAGUAUACAACCAGGACCAGUCGUUUAGAGAAAAUUAUAAUAGCGGAACUUUUAAAUCCCGUCUCCUUCCAAUCCUUGCAUUAUAUAAAUGAGACAUAAAAUCAAAUAAAGACGAUAUAUUCUUAUUUUAGCUCAAGGAAUAUCUCUAGGAAGUGAUUAAUUUCUCUAAAUCGCUUUGCGACUUAAAAAAAUAUAUUUUACGAAUACAGAUUAAUACAGUAGAAUAAUUACCAUAGUUUACUCUUAAUUAUGUAGCAAAUAUUCGACUUGGAAUGUCACGGAUCUUUUAUAACAAAAAGAUCAAAUUACUCGACUGAUAACAACGAGAAAGAACGAUUAAUCACUUUACAUAUCAUUAUCUGCGCGCUUUGAUUAGCUUUAAACUUUGAUUCAACUUAUUUACAUGCAUUUAGAUUUAUUAUUCCUUUUUUAGGAGUCCGUUUUAAAAGAAAUUAAAAAUCGAACAUUUUUAGUCGAGAUGCAGAUUGACUAUACUUUUUCAACCUCUUAUCAUUUUAUGGUUUUUAGACAGAUGAUGAUUUUCGCGCAGCUAUUCUCUAGGAUCAUCGCUGUUGACUGUGAAUCGUAAUUAUGCGCGUAGAAGAUUGCCUCUUUCCUAAAGAGAUUACUGCAGAUGUACAAACGCUAUGUAGCUAAGCAUAGCCAUUAUGUGUGCUUCAAUUAAGUAUAAGGGUAACUGAGUAGAGAGACAGAAGUGCGAAGAUGAAAAUACAGGUGAUAACGAUUGAGGAUUUGAGGCUAUCUAGAAAGAAAUGUAUAUUUGUAUAUUACUGGAUUUUGUUCUUUUUAUAAUCAAGUCGUGGUAGUUGUUUUUUUUUAAAUCAAGAGCCAGAUAUUCUUGAAGUUACCGAAUGUACGAGACUGAAUACGUAUGUGAGCUAGCUUAAUGCGUGUCACGUGACAACGAAAAUAUCUCUUCGAGAUCUUACCUCGUGUGGCAUAGUCGAGGAUAUUGCGUUCCUUAGUUUCUUUUUCCGUAUAGUGAUAAGUACCAGAGAAGAUUUUAUCCGAGCCAAAGAAGAUAUCCCGGUUAAGGCGAUAUAACUACGCUAGAAGUUGCGCGAUGGGACGGUCCCGUUUGUUGAAAUGCGACUUCGUAUUGCGUCAGUACGGAAAAUACGUAGUAGUUAUUAACCGCAGAUGAACCAUGUAAAAUAGGAAGCAACGUGUUCAUAGACACGAAAUAUACGUACAUAUAUAUAUAUCUAUGUUACAAAUGUUUUAAUAAAACAAUUCGGAACGAAACUGUUCGUCGGGAGUCAGUUUUUCCUCAAUUUUCUCAAGUGAAUAAACCUGAGCGAACCUGAGCGAACGCGAUUACAAAGAAAGCUUGUGCUUUGCCAGAUUCUGUCUCUUUUAUUUAUCUUCUUUCUUAAAAAUAACGCUGCGGAGAUAACUCGGCAACCGUCUCGUCAACUUUACGGCGAUUGUCUUUGCUAAUCCUUCCUGUCUAUAAUUGGCUCCACGUCAAACCGACGUGCAGAGUCAAUUUGCGAUUUCGACGGACACGUGCGCGCCUUUUCCGUUCUUUCGAGGGAGACAGCCAGCAUAUUGUUCGCGAGCGAGAGAGCGGCCUGGGGGGUGCGAUCUACCCCUGAAUCAAUUAAAUAGAUAUUAGCCGUGUCACUUGAUGCAGGCGAGUGCGAGAGACCGACCCUUACAACGAGCGCGUAUAAACAUCGCGCGUUUCCGCGUGUCAAAUCGGAUCUCGUGUUUACCCUCCCCCGAGGUGACUUCGACGGGGGUUGCAUAAAGUUAUUAGUUAUCCCUCGGCGCAUCCCCCUUUCGUCUCGCGACAUUUCCGCGUCCCGGGUUCGCUCUAAUUACGUCGCGCGAGUGGCAUAUGAUUUAUCCCUUUGCUACAUUUUUUCUCGCCCCCUGCCCCGCUCUCCCCGAAAACCCUCUGAUAUUUGCGCCUCGCAGUAGCGCGACACCGACAAAUCGUUUUCCGAUUUUGGUUUCGAGUGCGGAUUCGUCGUCUGGGGUAGCCGAACACGUUGCGAUACUCUUGGAGUUACAAUAGAGAGAUUUACGCUUAUGUAAAAAUAUUUUAUUCGUGUAGCAAAAAGUAAUGGAAUAUAUGAAGAGAAGAAAAGAAUUUGUAUGUUAAAUAAAAAAGCUGGAUAUUUAAAAACA